AUGAAAAGCGGAUUCGAGUUGUUGGCUGUACACCGGCAGUUCCCUUCUUACAGAGUUCUCACGGUAUCAAAUUUUGCUUUGGCAGGUGAUUUCACGGCAGUCGAUUGCGGCCAACGCCGUGGCGCGGCAUCCAGCGGGCACUUCAAGAGUAUAGGUCUCCCAGUACAGCGGAAUGUGGUGCCAGCUGCGAAGGCGAGCCAAGUCGUGUAUGCUUCCAGUUGUGCCCCUCAAACGGCCAAGUACUCCACCUCUACGAUGGCUGCAGCGGCCAUCUUUGAUUUCACGCUGCGGUUCAACGUUGCUGCAGAGGUCCAGCCGGCCAGAGGUAAUGGGUGUGCCUUGAGGACAGACAUGCCCAUCGCAAGACAGCAGCAUGCACCGUCCUUGAACACAGGUGUCAUGCGGAUCACAGACUCCAUGGUUCGAUGUGGGCUGGAUACUGUUGCUCAAUGGCCUGGCUGCAGAGAGUCUAGUGCUUCAGUGUAUCCGAAGAGGAGUGUCUGA